ACCCACCGCCCUGUAACACAGCUCCUGCUGCUCUUGCAUAUAUAGAUAGGUAUGGCCCUACACCUGGCCGUACACACCAGAGCCUGGACACAGAGCAAUCCUACACUUUCUUCCUCCCUGGCUGCCCUCCACCUGCUCCCACCAUGAAGAGGGAAAUACUAACCCUGGCCUUUGCUCGAGCCGUCUUUGUAGAGUUCCUCUCCACGCUCAUCUUCGUCUUCAUUGGGCUGGGCUCAGCACUGAAGUGGCCGUCGGCCCUGCCCAGCAUCCUGCAGAUCGCGCUGGCCUUCGGGCUGGCCAUCGGCACCUUGGUGCAGGCCUUCGGCCACAUCAGCGGCGCCCACAUCAACCCAGCUGUGACCAUCGCCUUCUUCGUGGGCAAUCAGAUCUCCCUGCUCCGCACGCUGCUCUACAUCCUGGCCCAGCUGCUCGGGGCCAUCGCCGGCGCUGGGAUCCUCUACGGCGUCACCCCCGCCAACACCCGCGGCAACCUGGCCAUCAACGCACUCAACAGCAACAUAACUCCAGGCCAGGCCCUCGUGGUGGAGAUCAUCCUCACCUUCCAGCUGGCCGCCUGCAUCUUUGCGUCCACGGACAACCGGCGCAGCGGCGUUGGCUCCCCCGCACUGUCCAUUGGCCUCUCCGUCACCCUGGGCCACCUGGUGGGGAUUUACUUCACCGGCUGCUCCAUGAACCCUGCGCGCUCCUUUGGGCCUGCGGUCGUCACCAGGAGGUUCAGCCCCGCGCACUGGGUGUUCUGGGUCGGGCCCAUCCUUGGGGCUUGCUUGGCCUCCCUGCUCUACUUCUACAUCCUGGUCCCCUACUGCAUGAACAUGUCUGACAGGGUGGCCAUCAUCAAGGGCACCUACGAGUCCGAGGAGGAGUGGGAAGAGCAGCGGGAGGAGAGGAAGAAGUCCAUGGAGCUGACCCCGCCAUAAGAGCAGCUGGAAAAGCCAAGCCAAGGGAGGGGAGGAAGCCCCACACGUGGGCUUAUGUGUGCCCCAAAGCCAGGCAAUGACCACACCCAGCUGCAGCUGCAGACUCUUAAUCCAAAGCCUUCCCAACCAGGCCCCUGUGGGAUGCAGGAAGGCUGAGGGCUCUGUGUGUGUGUAAAGAACCCCUGCAUGAGCUCUAGAACCUCUCCAGAUUCCCCGCAGCCGCAAAGCCCCUCAGCCAGGCCCCUGGCACCCUCGGCUCCAUCCCUGCCCUCCCAGUGCAGCUCUGCACCACGGCAGGGCCCCAGACCCCGCACUGGGGCACCUGCAGGACCUCACCUGGCCCAGGUAUGGGGGCCCCUGGGGGAAGGGGAAAAACCGCUUAGGGCAGGGGGUGCAGCUGCCCCCCAGCCCAGGGGCUGCUCAUAGAUGCUCUUUCACCUUUCCUGGUGCUGGGAGUCCUUUUUAUUCCCAAAGAACGAGACUUCGGAUUCUGU